GCGACGGGCGUCGCAAGGGACCCUGCACGCCCAAGCCGGCGCCCAAGGCCCCCGACAUGGCCCGGGGCGGCAGUCACAACUGGAGCUCGGGGGAGUCGGACGGGCAGCCCGAGGAGGAGCCGGCGCCCGAGGACAGCGGAGACAAGAUGGUGAAGGAGACCGAGUAUUAUGACAUCCUGGGGGUGAAGCCCAGCGCCUCCCCGGAGGAGAUCAAGAAGGCCUAUCGCAAGCUGGCACUCAAGUACCACCCGGAUAAGAACCCGGAUGAGGGCGAGAAGUUUAAACUUAUAUCCCAGGCAUAUGAAGUACUUUCAGAUCCAAAGAAAAGGGACAUUUAUGACCAAGGCGGAGAACAAGCAAUUAAAGAAGGAGGCUCUGGCAGCCCCGGCUUCUCCUCACCCAUGGACAUCUUUGACAUGUUCUUUGGUGGUGGAGGACGGAUGGCUAGAGAGAGAAGAGGCAAGAAUGUUGUACACCAGUUGUCUGUAACUCUGGAAGACUUAUAUAAUGGAGUCACAAAGAAAUUGGCCCUCCAGAAGAAUGUAAUUUGUGAGAAAUGCGAAGGCAUUGGUGGGAAGAAGGGAUCCGUGGAGAAGUGCCCACUGUGCAAGGGGCGGGGCAUGCAGAUCCACAUCCAGCAGAUCGGGCCUGGCAUGGUGCAGCAGAUCCAGACGGUGUGCAUCGAGUGCAAGGGCCAGGGUGAGCGCAUCAACCCCAAGGACCGCUGCGAAGAAUGCAGCGGCGCCAAGGUGAUCCGGGAGAAGAAGAUCAUCGAGGUGCACGUGGAGAAAGGUAUGAAGGAUGGGCAAAAGAUACUAUUUCAUGGAGAAGGAGAUCAGGAGCCUGAGCUGGAGCCUGGCGAUGUCAUAAUUGUGCUUGAUCAGAAGGAUCAUAGUGUCUUUCAGAGACGAGGCCAUGACUUGAUCAUGAAAAUGAAAAUUCAGCUUUCUGAAGCUCUUUGUGGCUUCAAGAAGACAAUAAAUACACUGGAUGACCGUGUCCUCAUUAUUACAUCCAAAUCAGGUGAGGUGAUAAAGCACGGGGACCUGAAAUGUGUGCGCAACGAGGGGAUGCCCAUCUACAAAGCCCCCCUGGAAAAAGGGACUCUGAUCAUACAGUUUUUAGUCGUCUUCCCUGAAAAACACUGGCUUUCUCAGGAGAAGCUUCCUCAGCUGGAGGCCCUGCUGCCCCCUCGGCAGAAGGUGAGAGUCUCCGAAGACAUGGAGCAGGUGGAGCUGAAGGAGUUCAACCCCAGCGAGCAGAACUGGCGCCAGCACCGGGAGGCCUACGAGGAGGAGGAGGACGGGCCCCGCGCGGGAGUGCAGUGCCAGACAGCCUGACGGGCGGCGCAGUAAGGCCUGCUGGACUAGCACGUGAUGAAUGUAACGUUGGCACAAUGAAAAUGGCAUCACUUUACUGGCCUCGUGUUUGGGGUGUCCUGUGUAUAUGUUCAGCAUUCUCCAUUGCUGAGUGUCUUUUGGGUUUUCUUUUGUUUCUCUUCUGAUUGUAAUUUAAGUUAUAGCUGAUUUCUAUUUAAAUGUUUUAAGUUCACUCGCCUCUAGUCUGCAUACGGAAUCUGUUCAUUUCUACCUGCAGAACACUGGAGAUGCCAGUGCGGCCCCAGCACUUGGUGCUGCUAGUGGCUUUGCCUUGGUUCAGUUCCACGAAGCACGGCCCAGAGAGCCACACUUGGCCCCUAACCAACACCUGGGCACCAAGUCCGUGUCCUGGCCUGUCCCUAGUCUCUGGAUUCUCUUCCCUCCGUCCUGUGGCAGAGCCAUUGAGGCAUGAACUCAGGUCUGCUACUGACAUUUCUGAAUUGAGAUUCUAGAACCUCUUGAGGAAUAAAAGCUCAGUGGAAUGGACUUGGUGCCCCGUACCUGGUUCAUACCGAGUGGGCUGCACUCAUGAGCUGUCCUGCCCUCCUGCGUGCUUAGAGCGAGUUGUGGGUCUGCCUGUCUCUCCUGGAAGGUUUGAACUUUCCAAGCCCCGUAAUGAGGACAAACCAGGGUUUGAAAUGACAAGCUGAUAAAAGCCAUUUGCCUGUGACCCCACACUUUGGCUUUUGUGGUUUGGAAGCUUUUCUGUUGAUAACCUUUGUAAUGGUCUCCCACCCAAGUGCUUACUUGUUUAGAAGGUGAAACCCUUCCGUGUCCCAGGCAGCCUCAGGGCAAGAGCAGAGCCCAAGGGAGGACGCUGGGGGUUUGUCCCUACAGCACAGCCAGCCCCAUGUCUCUGACUGGUGACCCUGGAUGGCUUGAGGUCUAGAAUGAUAUUAAAAUUUCAGUAUUUUCCACCUCAUUCUCUGAUUCAGCUCUUUUCCAAAGGACGUUCCUUACUGCCCCGGCCAUCUUACAAAGGGCUUCUUGCUCAAGUGAUACUGGGCGAGAAUGGAACUAACCCAAUUCUAGUUUUCAUCAACUGCCACUGACAAUGAUAGCCCCCUUUGCAGGGGAGAGCUUACUCUACUCCUGGCAGCGACAGAGACCCUGCACCUUGAGUCAGGCUUACCUCAGUCUUUUAGCCAUUAUUGCUCAUUUCUUCCCCACAAACGAUGAUUUAAAAAAAGAAAAAAGAAAGCAGCCCUGCCUUUUAGGCUGCUGGGUUAACUAUUAGAUCUUAACCUGUCAGAUCCACCCACAUUUGAUCUUAUAGCAGCUGAGAGUUUGACUCAGACCAAGGACUUCCCCUAGGAGUGUCAAAGGGCAGAAGAGACCCAUGGCAGGUGGAACUCAAGGCUGGCUGGUUGGACCAGACUCCCCCAAAAACACUGCUGGCUAGUAGAAUAUAAUUUGCUUAAAGUACAGAGAGCCCGCUUGUGCCUGCCUUAACCAAGGGUAGACUUCCAGCUGAUUCUUCCAACUAAGCCCUUGUGAAAACCACUUCAUACAUGGACCACAGCUCCAGGGUGUUGUUUCCGUGCUGUGACUUUCUAAUAAAUUUCUGCUAGAGAACUACUGUUUAGUUGGUGAUGGAACAAAAUUUGUAUCAGCUCCUCUUUCCUAUGUAAGUAGACUCUGAAGGGUGUUGCUUAAACUUUUAUUCCACCUGUACAUCUGUCACCUUACAAUUAAAGCUGAGCUGGUAUGAGA